AUGGAUUUGAAACAAGAAUUUCAUUUAUUUGAUCUUUUGGGACCUGUAGUAUGUGCUGCUAUCUUUGCACUAUUCUUAUUUAUAUUUUCAUUCUUUAUUCUUAAUUACUGUUGUAUUUUGAAAGGAGAUGAUGUCACUAAAUUUGAAGAGUGGGGAUACAAACAUAAUCUUGGAUCAAAACUUGGACCACAUACCAAAAUUUUCAUUGAUGAUUCUAUAACUAAAAGUAGUAAACCAAAUUAA